GCGUGUUGCCCCCUCUCGGUAGGUUUGGAGACGCUUGAUCUCCGGACACUUGCCGCGCUUCUCUCCAUGACCAGGAGGCUCCAGAGGAAGCAGGAGGAGCAGAGGAGUCACUGGGACGCACAUGCUGCUGCCCAUGACGAGGAAUGUUAAAAUGUGUGAGAGGGGCCAAAUCCAGCUCAUCUGCUCACCAGAACAGUCCCAGACCCAUGACAGGCCCACGGCUGCAAAGUGUGAACCGAGCAGAGCGAGUUCACAGGCUCAAUGACAUGAUGUUCCUACCCUUUUCCCCUCCCCCCUCCACCUCCCUGUUCCCUGUUUUCCUGCUGCUUCUUUUCCUCCCUCCAUCCCUCGUCUCCUCUUCUCUUUUCCACACCCCCCUGAGCUGGACUUCUCCCCACAACCCCUGCUACCACCUAGAUGGACGGCCACGCCACUGCAUGUCGGAGUUCAUCAAUGCUGCCUACGGUGUCCCGGUCAAUGCCAGUCACUCCAUUCAAGGACUCGACCGGGACGGCAACGUCACCGCCCUGACGGACCUCCACAAUCCUCACAACCUCACCUGUUGGAUGGCUCGCAGAGGGACAGAGCGCGGGGAGUGGGUGAUCACUAUACCACUGGGUCGCCGCUUUGAGAUCACCUACAUAAGCCUGCAGUUCUGCCAGCAGGGGGAGCCGUCAGAUCCCAUUUCCAUCUCCAUCCUCAAGUCGAUGAACUAUGGACGCACCUGGAAGCCGAUGCAGCACUACUCCAGUGACUGCCAGGGAAACUUUGGGCUGCCGACCCAGACCGUGGCUCAGACCAGGCACCAGGAGACGGAAGCUCUGUGCUCAGACCCUCGUCCUCUGCAAAAGCAGAGAGGGGGCAUGGUGCUGGCCUUCUCAACCCUAGAUGGAAGACCGUCCUCUGCUGACUUUGACCACAGCCCUACACUCCAGGACUGGGUGACGGCCACAGACAUACGUGUAGUCUUCCACCCAAUCCCUAAAGUUGCAAACGAUAAAGGGGAUGAAAAACAAGGGCAGGGGAGCAGUGAAGACAACGGAGGGACUGGUCUCCUAUGGGGGAGAUCGGGCUACAAGUUGAACACGGAAAAUACACUGGCAUUUUUUGACAGGGAGCUAAAACACACCGAGACAAGAGGGCGCAAUAAACAAGAGAAAGUGGACAAACAUGUAAGGAAAGGUCAUAAUAAAGGAUCACGUCAAGAAGAAGAUGGACACAAUGUGACCAGCAAGGAAGGAGGAGACACUUUUCCAUUGGACACAAUUAUUUCUUCCAAGAAAGGUCGGAAAGGUAAAGGGCGUGGUCAUAAAAAAGACAACAGUCACUGGUUGCCUUGCCCUAACGGUGACUGUAACUGGAUGUUGGAGGGGCGCAACCAGGGCAAUAAAGGGCGGGAACUGAGGAAAAGGAGGAACCAUAAUCUAAACACAAAACAGAACUCCAGGGACCCUCAGGUGGCGCUGUCCACAGCUUCUGUCUCCCCCGUCCAACCUUUUCUGGCUCUGUCGGACCUGCAGGUCGGAGGAAGGUGUAAAUGUAACGGACACGCCUCGAAGUGUCGCCGUGAUGACACGGGACGAGCUGUGUGUGUGUGUGAGCAUCACACUGCAGGGCCAGACUGUGAUGUGUGUGAGGAUUUUUACUUUGACCGUCCGUGGCAUCGAGCUACACCCACACACCCAAACCCUUGUAUAGCCUGCGAGUGCAACGGCCAUUCCGACAAGUGCCGCUUCAGCAUGGAGGUCUUCCAGCAGUCGGGCCGACGCGGUGGAGGAGUGUGUCAAAAGUGCCGACACCACACGGCCGGACGUCACUUGUUUACGGUGCGGCUGGGUUGUCUGAGAGCAGACAUCUAUUCCUGUUGCUGGUUCAAGCUCAUGGACACACAAACAGGAGAACCCCCCACUGAGCUGCCACCUAAAGGAGGUAAACGUUAUUUUUCCCUUUGUUUUUCUGCUUCAGCGUGUCACUGCCAUCCCCUUGGAGCAGUGGGUCACUGGUGCAACCAGACCUCAGGUCAGUGUCUGUGUCGAGAAGGAGUGACCGGCCUCAGGUGCAACCGCUGCGCCCCGGGAUUCAAACAGGGACGAUCUCCUCUACGGCCCUGCAUACGGGUCCAGGAGGCUGCUCCCACCCCAGUGUACCAGCCUCAGUACAGCAUAGCCGAGGAGUGCGUCUCCUACUGCCAGCCUUCUCAGGUUAAAGUCAGGAUGAACUUGGAGACGUAUUGUCUCAAGGACUACGUGCUGAAGGUGCAGCUCAGGGGUAUGGAGCGUUCAGGUCCCUGGUGGCAGUUCUCUAUCCUCAUCCAGACCGUGUUCCGCACAGGCUCCACCUCCCAGGUUCGUAAGGGCCCACAUUCCCUCUGGGUCCCAGACCGUGACCUCGGCUGCGGAUGCCCCGCCCUCCACGUUGGCCGGACUUAUCUCCUGAUCGGAGCAGAGGAAGGGGAGCGGGGCUGGGGCCCCGAGGAGAGCCGCCUGGUGGCCGACCGCUCCACCCUGGCCCUCCAGUGGCGGGAACACUGGAGCCCUAAACUAAGGGGCUUCCGGGGGCAGGACAAGAGGGGCCGUUGCCCGCCCAAAACCCCAGACAACAACGGGCAAAGGGAGCGUUCCAAACUGCAGUCGGGCUACGUCCCCCCACACCUGCUGACGGACAAAGACACUGAGAGUGUGAACACGCACACGCCUCACACAGAGGGUGAGGUGAAAAGCACAAUGGCCCCCUCCCUCCCCCCCACUACACCUGCUCUGGUGUGUUCAACUCAAGGUCCUGAAUGAAACAAAAAAAAAAAAAAA